AAGAGGGGUUCUACCUAAUCACUAAUCAGCAUCAAAUAUUUGAUAAACACUCCCUCCCCUUCUCAGCGGCAAAAAAGCCAUUCGCUUUUCCUUUCCGUGCGUGUCCUAUUUCAGUAUUUCUCCUUUGAGGAACCAAUUAAGCAAUUCCUUCUCUCUAUUUAUAUUUACAUACAAAAAAAUAGAGAAGAAAAAUUAAAGCAACUGUUUGGAUGGAAAAAACGAAAAACCAAUUAAAAAGAAUACUUCUCCAACGGCCUUAAAUUCUGUUUCUCUGUUCAGAGAGCGUGGAUUCUAGGGUUCUUUUGUAAUUAUCUGGGAGCUGUUUACCCAGGUACUGUUUUCUCGUUCUGAUUUUGAUUUUAGGGAGAUGGUGAACAAAACUUAGAGGUUAGGGUUUUAUUGAUUGGAGGCUUUUCGGGUUAUGCAUUGUCAAUUUGCUGCAGUUUUGGUGAUUUCUAUUGAUGUUUCCGAUAAUGGGUAUGUUGUAAUUGCUUAAACAAAUUGAUAGAACUUUGAUGGGUUCUUGUGAGAACUCGCUUAAGGUCCACGAACCUUUUCUCCUGGCUGCUGUAGAGCAGCAUGUGUGCCUAGUAAAAAAAUUCUUUUUCUGAGCAGCUGUCUUUCUUGGAGGCUUCUUUUGAUAUGAUUGAUCGUAAUGUGGGCUCCACCAGUGCGCUGGAUGGGUGCCUAAAGUUAUCUCAGAAAGAUAAUGCUGGUGUUUGUGUGAGCUCUGGUGAUUUUACAGAGGACGCAUCUGUUGAUAGGGAAAUUGGGCUGGAGUAUGAGAGUAGAGGUGUGGUUGGUUUGGUGCGAGGGAAAUUGGUGGAGGAUGAAUGUGGGGUUGCUGGUGGUUAUUUGAAAGAAAGGCAAAGUGGAAUUGACAAUUGCAAUGUGGAAACUAAUGGAUUGUGUGUGGAAAAGGUUGGGUCUAAUGAUGAGAAUGGUGGACUAGUGGAUCCCUCGGAGGAUCGUGAGAGCUCGCUGGAAUUGAUGCCUAUGUCUGGUUCAGUCAGGAAUUGUGAUCAACUGGAAGAAAGGAAGGAUGACUGGAGUGGCACUGUUCAAGGGGUUAUGGAAGAUAAAAGUGCUGGUUUAUCUGUAACAGAGAAUGACACUUGUGAUCAAAUGAUGUCUUCAUCAAACUGUGAAAUGCCUGCACAAUUAAUAUAUGAGGAUGCUUUGCCUAGAAAUGGGGUUGAACAGGACAGGCACAACAGUGUUGCCUGUUUUAAAAGGGUUAUGGUGGUAGUAGAAAAUAAAAGUGUUGGUUUGUCCAGGAUAGAGACUGAUAAUCACAACCAAAUUGGCUUUCCACUAGACCAUGGUACAUUGUCAGAAUUGAUACCAACAACUGGUAUGCUAAGUAACUGUGUUCAGCAGGAAGACCAGAAAGAUGAUCAGAUCAUUAACAGUUCCUUUGCAGAAGAGGCUACAGAGGCUGUGAAAGAGAAAAUCAAUGUUUCACCAGUGAUAGAAACUACUACUCAUUGCCAGUUGUCCUCUUGUCAAGACUUUGAAAAGUUCUUGGAAAUAAUGCCUACAAUUGGUUCCCCAGGAAAAAUUAUCCAGCAGGAUGAGCUGAAGGGUGAUGGGUCUGUUAGUGUUCCCUCUGAGGAAGGAGUCAUGGAAAAGGAAAGUGAUCAUUUUGCCUGGGUAGAAUGUACUGUUGAUAAACAAAUAUCAUCUUCAUUGGAUGAUGAAAUGCGGAUGGAAUCAGAUUUUGGGGAUUAUUGCCAAGAAAAUGACAUAGAGGGGGCUAAGACUGUUAGCAGUGUAGCCCUGGAGAGGGCUGUGGAUGUGAACAGUGAUUCUUUAACCAUGAUGGAAUCUAAUUCAAGCACCCAGAAAUCACUGCACAGUGUUGAAGUGCCUAAAGAAUCUUCUAUUACAGGUUUUCUGGCGAGUACUUGUAAUAGUCAGAAUGAACAGAAAAAUGGCAAGGAUGUCAAUUAUCUUUCUGCUGAAAGGGUUCCAACAGAUAUUUUGAAGAAAACUGACGUAGGUCGAAGUAUACAGUCUUCACAGGAUUGCCAGAUGACAUUGGAGAAUUUGGUUAUGGCUGACACACUGGGUAAUUGUGAUCAGAAGAAUGAGCUAAGAGAUGAUAGGAGUGUUGAUGGACCUUUUGUGGAAAGAACGCCAGAUGUUGUGGAAGAGGAAAGUGACGUUACAACUGAGAUAAAGGUUGAAAUUCAUGGCCAGAAAUUUUGUAUGGUAGCAGAUGCCUGUGAUUUGAAGGAUGGUUCACCUAAAAUAGCUCCCAACUGUCCACAGCCAUGUCAGCCCUUUGGUUUUGCUGAGAAUGGCUCUUGUAAGAAGUUGGAUGUACCAAAUCUUUUUGGGAAGGAUGUUUUUGGUGUCAUUUAUUCUAGCAGUGCAGCUGACAAUUCUGAACAGACAGAUAAUGAAGGGAAGGAUUGUGCUGGAAAUGAUGGUCCAUCUAAAACCAGAUGUCCUGACAUUGGCUCAUCAUCUUCUAGAAGGAGCAAUCGAGUACGUAAAUCCAGCCAGAAAACUCAGACAAGAAGAGCUGCAAGGAAAGGCAAGAACAAAAGCAAAGUGCAAGACAUGCAGAUCUUCAAGGCUGAAAGGAGGAAGAGAAGCUGUUUCUCUAAACCGGCUCGCUCUUCUAACUGGGGAUCAUUAGGGAAUAUCACACAAUAUUUCGAGCAAAGUAAUGGGCUGGUGUUCAAUGAAAUUCAGAAUCAUGGACCAAGCAAAACAAAGGGUCACCGAGGAAGCGGAAAGCGGAGCAGAAAGUGGAAUAAUAGUUGGGCUGGUGGAAGCUCCCAUAGGUCUAAUGGAAAAAAACAUGCUUCGACUAGUGGUAUUCGCCUUAAAGUUAAAGUGGGAAAACAAGUUCCCCAAAAUAGCCCGAACAUUAUGUUCCCAGAACUAAUUGAUACCUCAGCAUCUGCUGGUGGUGGUGGUGGUGAAUUUGAGACCAAGUCAUACCAAGGAACCAGUUCUGAAAUUCCAAAUUUUGCCAAUAGUGUUGAAGAUAUUUUGGUGCAGGAGAGGACUGAAGAGCAGCUACAAUGCCUUUUUAAUAAGCUAGAGGAGGCAAAAAUAUACUCUGAUGCUUCUAUUUCAGAUUUACAUGUAGCAGACAAGGAAUUGAAGGUCAUUUUGACUUCUCAGAAGUCUGUUGGAGAUGCUCCUGAGGAUUGUCUUGGGGUUCCCUCUCUUGUAGAUUCAUUAGGAGUAGUAGUUGAGAAGAGGUAUACAGAUCCAGGAACCUCACCUGAUUCAGAAGUUAUCAAUUUGGUUCCUGAAGGCCAAGUUAAUUCAAGAUGUCAAGAAGAUCUUCCUAAUGCCGUUUUGACCUCUUCUAAAGAUUUUGUUGCUCCUGGAGUGGUUACUGGCAGUAAGAGAGGAAAGAAGAAAGAUAGACUUACCCGUGCCAGUGACUGUUCUCCGGAAGAUAAAUCUCCUGCUAUGGCAAGCGUAAACAAAGUUAAAGCAACAAAGAAGGGUGGGGGUAGGCAGAGAAAGGGUGAUAGAUUUUUCUCUAAUGAGAUUCAUAGUUCUCCUACCGGGGCAAAUGCAUCCAGCAACUCUUCAAGCAGUAAGAAAUUUUCUGAGGAGCAGUUACAUUUGUCAAAAGAGACUGAACUUAGAGUCUCUGAAGAGGAUUUGCAAGCAGAAGAUAGUGCAGAAACUAAAAUAUGUUCUGGCCUGGAUGAUGGGCAUAGGUUGUCAGAAUCACAUAAUUCAAACAUGCUACUUCCUUCAACUAAAUACAAGGAAUGUCAACUUCCAAGAAAAUCUGGAACGAGCAAGGGAAGGUCUAAGGUCUCUGACAAAGCAAGAAGCAAGAGAGCAAAUGGUUAUAGACAGAAAGGAAAUGAACAGAGGUCAGUUAAUAAAAACAAAGUCAAGGAGAAGAAUGAUUGUGAUCGCGUUGUUUGCAAAGCUGAAAAUGAUACAGAAACAGGAAAGUGUAUUGCUGAUGAUAUGGGAAAAAUCAAUCCUGGUGACAAUGUUGCAUCCAUAGAUGUAUCUAAUUUAGACAUGGCAUCAAAUGAUGUAAAGGAGCAGCAUUUACCUGUGGAUAAUGCUUGGGUGCGCUGUGAUGAUUGUCAUAAAUGGCGGCGCAUUCCUAUUUCACUAGUAGAUUCUAUUGGUCAAACUAAUUGCCAAUGGAUUUGCAAGGACAACAUGGAUACAGCAUUUGGUGAUUGCUCCAUUCCCCAGGAGAAAUCAAAUGCCGAAAUUAAUGCAGAGUUGGGCUUAUCAGAUGCUGAUGAAGAUGCCUAUGAUAUCCCUUCAAAGAAUAAGGGAUUAGAAUGUAAGCGUACAACAGUUUCCAAGGAGCAUGAAUUUACACGCAUUUCUACUAAUCAGUUUCUGCACCGUAGCCGUAAGACUCAGACUAUUGAUGAGAUAAUGGUGUGCCAUUGCAAACCACCUCUAGAUGGUGGGUUAGGCUGUGGAGAUGAAUGCUUGAAUCGAAUGCUUAACAUUGAAUGUGUUCAAGGCACCUGUCCAUGUGGGGACUUAUGUUCAAAUCAACAGUUUCAAAAGCGCAAUUAUACCAAAAUGAAGUGGGAUCGAUGCGGGAAGAAAGGUUUUGGCCUACGAUUGGAAGAGAGUAUUUCCAAAGGGCAAUUUCUUAUUGAAUAUGUUGGAGAGGUGCUUGAUAUGCAAACUUAUGAGGCGCGGCAGAGAGAGUAUGCGUCUAAGGGUCAUAAGCAUUUCUACUUCAUGACAUUGAAUGGCAGUGAGGUGAUAGAUGCUUGUGCGAAAGGAAAUUUGGGGCGAUUCAUUAACCAUAGUUGUGAUCCUAAUUGUCGUACUGAAAAGUGGGUGGCCAAUGGAGAAAUCUGUAUUGGAUUAUUUGCAUUGAGGGACAUUAAGAAGGGUGAAGAAGUGACUUUUGACUACAACUAUGUAAGAGUGGUUGGGGCUGCUGCAAAACGAUGUUAUUGUGGUUCACCUCAUUGUCAAGGUUAUAUUGGUGGUGAUCCAAGAAACACCGAGGUAAUUGAUCAAGUUGAUUCAGAUGAAGAAUUUCUUGAACCAGUGAUGCUUGAAGAUGGUGAAACUGGAGAUGGAUUCAGGAAUAGGGUAUGCAAAACCAGUUCCUUUGAUGACAUAGAAAUGCAAGUUGCAGAGAGUAAACCAAAAGAUAGAGAUACAAUGGGUAAUUCCACAACAGCUGCUGGGAAAAUGGAGGUUGUCUCUGAAAUUGAGGACUCUGUGAACCAAUCUGUUUCUGCCAUUUCACAAUUCCAUAGUUCGUUGGAAAUUGAUGGUUUAAAGGGAAAUUUUCCAUUUCCUAGUCAACCAAUAGAAAGUUUUGUAGAAGCAGAUGAUGUAAAAGGAAAAUCUGCAUCUGCUGUUAAACAAGUAAUUUCCAAGGAAGAGAUUCAAAGGUUCCCUCCAACUACAAUGCUUAGCAAAUCAUCAUCUGAUGGUAUGGUUGCUAACAGGAAGCCAAAGUCUGCUACAGCUGAAGAAAAGCGGGUUUUUGUUAAAUCACGUUUUCUGAUUAAAACAUCACGUGAAUCUGGUUUUGCUAAAAAAGGAAAGUGUACCAGUAAUCCUUCAAGCGUGAAUAAAUUUCAGAUGGUGGCCAACAAAUCACAGCUGCUGUCUAUCAAACCCAAAAAAUUUAUUGAUGGUACUUCCAAUGGCCGUUUUGAGGCAGUUGAGGAGAAACUUAAUGAGUUGUUGGAUGCUGAUGGUGGGAUAAGCAAACGAAAAGAUGCCCCUAAAGGUUACUUGAAGCUUCUGCUUCUUACUGCAGCGUCUGGUGCUAGUGUAAAUGGUGAAGCAAUUCAGAGCAAUCGAGAUCUUUCAAUGAUUCUUGGUGCACUUCUAAAAACUAAAUCACGAGUGGUGUUGGUUGAUAUAAUUAACAAAAAUGGUUUGCAGAUGCUCCAUAACAUGAUAAAGCAGUACCAAAAGGACUUCAAAAAGACACCAAUUGUCCGAAAACUUUUGAAGGUUUUAGAGUAUUUGGCAUUCAGGGAGCUACUUACACCAGAACAUAUUAAUGGAGGUCCUCCUUGUCCUGGAAUGGAGAGCUUUAUGGAUUCAAUAUUGUCAUUGGCAGAGCACAAUGACAAACAGGUUCAUCAAAUUGCACGAAAUUUCCGAGACAAAUGGAUUCCUCGACAUUGCAGAAAAUAUAGUUAUAUGGAUAGGGAGGAAGGAAAGAUGGAGUUUCACAGAGGCUCCAUCAGCAAUAGGGUUUCAGCUUCACAGAAUCAUUUGCAUGAUCUGGGUGUAAGGCCUACAGAAGCAAUAGAUUGCUCCAGGCAGUCAAAGCUAGCAACAACUUCAGUGGACACUGCUGUCCACAAGGGCUGUUCUGCGCCUUGUGUUGUUGGUGGUGUGAAAACUCGGAAGCGUAAAAGCCGAUGGGAUCAACCAGCUGACGAAAAAAUAUCUUCAGGACCUCUUCAGCAUGAUGAGCAGAAAAUUCAGUCUGGGUUGCUACACCAAUCUGAAUAUAAACCACCACCUGGCAUAGUUAAUGAUGUACUGGAUCGCAUAGGCAAACCAUGCAGAGAGAACAGUUAUUGCCCUCAUUGUGUUCGCAAUUACUGUCGACAAGAUGAAGCUAGUUGUGCUGAUAAUGAAAGGCAGAAUAUCCACAGUGAUGUUCCACCUGGGUUCUCAUCUCCUGUCAAUCUCACUCUGGUUUCAUCCAAUGCUUCAUCAACCAUUACUGAUCUCCCUGUUGGACAUCCUCAGAGGAAAUUCAUUUCCUGCUUACCUGUCUCAUAUGGAAUUCCAUUGCCCAUUGUGCAGCAAUUUGGGUCACCUCAGGAUGGAACUGUGGAGAGUUGGGCUAUUGCUCCUGGCAUGCCUUUCCAUCCUUUCCCUCCACUUCCUCCAUUUCCCCAUCAUACGAAAGAAACUUCAUCUUCUGUUGUGAACUCUAUGGUGAUUGAUGAAACUACAGAAGGCCAAUGGGACAGGCAUGAUCCUGCCACUUGUUAUCCAAAUGAAAACAAUCCAGGCACAAAUAGUGCUAACCAACCAGACUUGGACAUUCCAGUUGAAAAUGUCCAACAAACACUAAAACGAGCUAGGGGAUCCUCGCAUGAUUUGGGAAGGAGGUAUUUUAGACAGCAGAAGUGGAAUAAAGGGCUUGGGCCCCCAUGGAUUCGGAGAGGGGAUGGGUGGGGAUGCCUAGGAAAUAACUUAAGAGGUGGAGUAUGCAGCAUUGAUGUAGGGACUGUAACAAAUGAGCACAGAAAUUCAAACUAUUCACAGGAUACAAGCUGUAGAGUGGAGAAAGCUGGCAAUUGCAUUAAUCAGCAAAACAGUACCUAAGUGAACAUUCAUUUUAGGAAAAUCACUCAAGAGCUUCUGGAUUUUCUUCCAUACUUUGAUGUAUUCUCAAUUCUUUUCUUCCAGGGUUUUAUUUUCAAUGGAAAAUUCAUUCAAAUUCAGAAUUCGAGUCUUCAUACUCAAGUUCUAAUACUAUAGCUGAGGAAAAACACACUGAAAUCUCGCAAUUUGUUCUCUUUGAUAUUAAUCCAUCUGCUCAGCCGUCAAAGAGGUAGGUAUUUUCUGUCUCUGUAUUAUUUUGUCAUAGGUAGAAGAUUAUAUAUAUGGUCAGUGGAAUAAAAUUUUGAUCACUUCA